UUUAUACCGAACGCGUUUUAAGCACACAUCUUUGUCGAAGUUUCAACUUAUUUUCAACUUGACGAGGCAGGUUGUGAACGCCGCAUAUGACACGAGGCUUCUUAUAAAUAAGAGCGAGACGCAAUUGACAUCCGUCUUUUGUCAGUAAACCAACAACCAAAAAACAGCGAAGAUGGAGCACAAAAACGGGUUCUGUGUGAACAUCCCGGUAUGUUUCUACAUAGGUCGCGUUCUCGCAUUCAAAAACAAAUAAACAUGGAGAAACAGAUAUGUUUUUAACUUUACGCGACGCAUGAGACGCGACGCAAUGGUUACACACGUUCUGUAACACGAGUUCUGUUUUUUAUAAUGAAUCUUUUGUUUAUUUUUCACUCAUAAUGCUUAAAAGCUGUUCGUGCAUGCGUUUUUCCUCCACCUAAUGUGUUUUCCGUGCGCAAUUUGUCUCGUAAACAGGAUAGCCCUAUUGGCCCGUAUGUACGUUUAUAUAAGAGCUUUAAUAAAAGUACUCGUGGCCAUCGAGCGUCUAUUUUUACCGGAACCUGAAAUCAUAAUGUGAUCUUUGAGGUUUUUAGUGUAUAUUUUGCCUUCAGCACUGGACAGCUCCUUCGGUUUCUCUACCAAACACCCAUCUGUCGAAUGAUUGACAGCUCAAAUGACCAUACACCAAUCAAGAACACUUUCCCCAAACCUAUGGGGUGACGAGGAGGACGGGAUGUUGGUAACGUUGAGAAGUCCGAAUCCGAAUUUCCGCGAAUCGGUUCUUUCGAACAGUUCAUUUGAAUUAGCCCGUUCAUAAAGCGGAUUCGAGGCUCUAACAGGAUCAGUCGCAAACGAACCGAUUCAAUCGGUUAUUGAAAAGAACGUGUUAAACAAACGAGUCCUUGGCGAAUCGGACACCAAUAGAUGUAAGAGCGAAUGGUCUCUGCCGUUCUCAUGCUUUAAGACUGGAGUGGACAAAAGAGGGCGGAGUGUGUUUGUCAUCCAAGUGUGAAGUACUGACUCCCUGCCUCCGAAAAAGGGAUUUUUCUCUCUCGUUCGAUCACGUCUGUUGUGGUCCAGCAUCAUACUGAGAGGAGAGCGUCGGGGAUCCUUAACAUCUGCUGCGCUCCUGCUUGGAUCUGUGUGGAUACGAGACCAAACUGGCAUCACCGACGAGUGGACACUUACAAACAACACUAUUGUACCAUCUCUCCGACAUGAGAAAUGGAUUACUGAUACACUAAAUGUUUCCUGUUUGGGGAUCCCGUGGCAGAAAUGCGUGCAAAUCCACAGGUGAAAAAACCGAUGCGCUAAUUUGAUUCGUACCAGGUGUGAUUUCUCGCAUCAGAUUUGAGGAACUAAAAGCUGGCAAGGUAAAAGAGGGAUUGAAGGAUAUGGCCAUAAUCCGGAUAUCGUUAAUCUUGCAAGUAGGAUUUGUUAUAGGAUCAAAUUAUAGACAUGUGGAACAAGAUCGGGACGUAAAUGCAAAGCUGCCCAUUUAUAAUACGCACAACAACCAGCAAGCGCAUCUCCGGAAGCCUCACUCGGGUUUAGCGCAGAAGAUUGAGGACCAGGUACCGAAAGUGGUGACUGCGUUUCUACACACGGGGGAUUCCUCCACCUUAAAACACGCCAACUGCUCCAGGAGAUAUGAGCUGGGGGUACUGCGGGGAAGGAGGCACGGAGACGCGCAUCACUCGAUGCGCAGCGUGCUGGACACGGUUGUGCACGCCACAAACUUCCUAAACAUGAUUUUACAAGCCAGCAGAGAUCAGAGCCCCAGACGUGACAUUGAGUGGUAUCACGCUCUGGUGAGGAGUAUCCUGGAGGGAGACCUAAAGAUUCACAGAGCUGUGGUCACCUUGAGCGCAGGGAGUACACCUGACGGGCCACCUGUUUACCUUCAGGCCACUCGGGCAGGUGGAGAGAUCAUUCUCCAGGAUUUAUCCAGCAAUGCCCAGCAUAUUUUGAAAAACAGAACGGCAGAUACCGAGUGGUACCACGAGCAUAAGAAUAAAAAGAAGACCAAUCUUCAAAGACGUGUGCUGAGUCAAGAUUUUGUCUCGUAUGACGCCUCCGUGCGCAAUGGAGAAAGUUAUAUCACCGACAAAACUCAGAUUCAUUGGUCAGCUCCUUAUUUAGAGUGCGAGAAUGGAAAUUUCAUUCCCAGGUGGCUCUUGACACUGUCUGCUGGCUUCUAUGGACUUAAGCCCAACCGAAGUCCUGACUUCAGGGGUGUUGUUCGUGUGGACGUCAGUCUGCAGGAUGUGGACAUUGAUCAGUGCUCUGUAGACGGCUGGUUUGCAGGAACACACAGGUGUAACAUCACAACUAUGGAGUGUCUGCCCAUCCCAGGUCAUGGAUUUGUGCUGGACAAAUAUAAAUGUCAUUGCAAAAGCGGAUUUUACCAUCCAAACAGGGUUACAGUCAAUGGCUUUAAAAGAAAAUCAAGUGGGAAGGGUAUGGCGGGGUUGCCACAUCACAGGGAUCUUCCAGAAGGUUCCAGUCUGUGUCUGCCCUGCCAGGAGGGCUGUGCUUUCUGUAAGGACGACACGCCUUGCAUGGCACAGGGAGAUGGCAUCCUGCGAAUGGCGAUUCUCUCCUUCCAGGGACUGUGCAUGCUGGUGGACUUCAUCAGUAUGGUGCUGCUCUACCAUUUCCGCAGGAGCAAGAGUAUCAGAGCGUCAGGACUCAUCCUGCUGGAGGCCAUCUUGUUCGGAGCCCUGCUUCUGUACUUCCCGGUAGUGAUUCUAUACUUCCAGCCGAGUGUUUUCCGCUGUAUCCUGCUGAGAUGGGUUCGCCUGCUCGGAUUUGCCACGGUGUAUGGAACGGUCACCCUCAAACUCUACAGGGUCCUGAAGGUGUUUCUGUCACGAACAGCCCAGCGGAUCCCCUACAUGACCAGCUGGAGGGUGAUGCGUCUUCUGUGCAUCAUCCUUCUAAUUGUUAUAUGGUUCGCAAUAGCCUGGACAUCGGCUGUUUGUCAGAAUCCAAACAGACAUCUCGCUCUCAUCACGGUGGGCUUCACCACUGAUGAUUUACAGUUCAGCAUGUGUCUACUGGACCGCUGGGACUACAUGAUAGCUGUGGCUGAGUUCCUCUUUCUGCUGUGGGGUGUGUAUCUGUGUUACGCGGUGAGGACCGUCCCCUCGGCGUUUCAUGAGCCGCGCUACAUGGCCAUGGCACUGCACAAUGAACUCAUCCUCUCUGGAAUAUUUCAUGUUAUAAGAUUCACUCUUGCCUCAGAACUGCACCCAGACUGGAUGCUGAUGCUAUUCUUUGCUCACACACACUUGACAGUGACCGUCACUUUGGGAUUACUGCUUGUGCCAAAGUUCUUGUUUGCGGGCACGCAUCUAAGGGAUGACAUUGCUACAGAGGCCUAUGAAGAUGAACUGGACAUGGGACGGUCGGGGUCAUACCUGAAUAGCAGCAUUACGUCUGCCUGGAGUGAACACAGUUUGGACCCAGAGGACAUUCGGACACCAGAGGAAAUGGGCCAGCUAAGUUCUAUUAAUGGCUGUGGCGUAAGGUCUUGCGACAGUCUUUGGGAAAAACGUACCAACGAAGAACUGAAGAAACUCUAUUCACAGUUGGAAAUUUAUAAGAGGAAGAAGAUGCUGGCCAACAAUCCUCACCUGCAGAAGAAGCGCAGCUCCAAGAAGGGCCUAGGACGUUCCCUCAUGAGACGCAUCACGGAGAUCCCAGAGACGAUGGGCCGCCAGUGCAGCCGUGAUGACAAGGACCUGGGUGAACAUGGAAGUAACCACAACAGCAUCUGUGUGCUGAGGAAGAACCCUUUUGAACCAUCGCAUUCUGUAAAGCCCCCUAAAGACGAGUCCUUGAAGAGCAAGGUUUUCUCCCUCAAAAAAUCCCACAGCAGUUAUGACCACGUUCUCGACCACAGCGAAGAUUCUAGUAGCUCUGUAACAGACAAGAUGGAAGUGGCAACCACAGAGGGCACUCUGCUUGAGACCCUAAUGGGUAAGAAGUUGGUCAAGAAGUCCUCUGAGAAGAUCGAUGCAGCCAGUGAGUCAACAGAAUCAGUUCCCUUGGUGUGCAAGUCAGCCAGUGCACACAACCUGACAGCUGAUAAGAAACCAAUUCAUCCAAGAACAUCCAUGCUGCAGAAGUCUCUAAGCGUUAUUGCUAGUGCCAAAGAGAUGACACUUGGUUUAACUGGAAAGGCCCAAGCAGUAGAGGAUCCAACAAAGAAAACGAAUCAAAAGAAUAAGGAUGCCAAGCCCCCGGCUGAAACUGAAGAACAGGAGGGUUAUCCAAAGAUGAUUGCCAGUCAGUCAGUGGAGUACAAGCAAACAGCUGCCAAAACUGGUAUAAUGAAGCAACAGAUGAGCGGAAGUCAACCCUCCAUCUGCUCAGAACCAACCAAGGGGAAAGACUUGUAUGACCUAUCAGAGGUGUGCCCCUGGGAGGUGAAGGACCUGCCAACCCCCUCAGAAAACAAGGUCCAUAAACAUGUGUCCAUUGCACCAGAGCAGACAACUACAGUCCAUGGAAGCAGCAACAAGAUGACAAAGCACCAACAGCAGAAACAGAAAGGUAGCGAGCAAUCUCCCUCUUUGACCAGGCAUCCAAACCAGAAGGUCAUUGAUCUUACAGACAUAUGUCCUUGGGAAGAAGGAAACGAGGUCCAUGGUCAGGCAAUGGGGUCAAAACCUUCGUCCAACAGUAAGCCUGCCGUAUCCCAACCUCAAACAUCCGGAGGGGUCACCAAGACUCCAAGAGCCGAUGUCUGUCCACGGGACACUGAGGAGGCAUCGAGCAAGCCAAAGGACUCUGCUUUCCCCCCUGUUCACAGCAGACCUAAAAAGGGCACCACACCAACUGAGAUCAAAGGCAAAUUAAGUUCCUCGCCUGCUGAAGUCAAGGGCAGGAGCACAACACCUACAGAGGGCAAAGCAAAGACUCUCUCUGAGCCCACUAAAUCCACAGGCAGCUCACUGCACCCACCCAUAAAGGCAGAUGUGUGUCCAUGGGACUUUGACACUGUCACUGAAAAGACCCCUUGUUCUCCUCAGGUUCCUAAAGCGAAGGAGACCCACGCUAUAAAGGGAAUAUUAGAUAAAGGAAAUGAGAAGGCCAAGGGUGCAGAUGAUGAAACAGGAAAAUCACAAGCAAAUGAAAAUCUAACCUCUGGCAAGACUAAAGAAAGACCCUCCAGUCAGAUUAAACUGGCAGAGGUUUGUCCAUGGGAUGUUGAUAGUAGUCAGGAAACUGUCUCGAAGGAUAAAAAAAAAAGUCCAAAUGUUGCAAUAGCGAAAAGCAAGCAAGCAGAUGUAAGCCCUUGGGAUUUUGAAGAUGCAGCAACUAGUAAAGAAGCUAAGAGAAGCACCACAUCAUCUCCUGGGAAACAGAAAAGUCCAAAUUCCAAAGGUUGAGUUACAAGUGGUGUCAAAAUGUCAGAUGUCUGCCCUUGGGACUUUGAUGACCAAACAUCAACAAAAAGGCAUAACACUUUACCCGAGUGAACCAUUAGUUAGUCCUCGAUAUAUGUGCUCUUUUGUUCAUAAACACACAGUGAAAUAUAUCAACUUUAAUAGAAGUUGAAAUAGAAAUGGUGACUCGGAGAAGAAAAUCAACAAGUUGCACAAGCUGCCUUUCUCUUCAACAUUUUGUUUUCCUUUUGUGUUUUUUGGAAAAAAACGAAAACAAAACAAAAAACAAACAUGCAACAACUCACCAGGCAUUCCAGAUUCUAAAGUAUUUGUUGAACCUUUAAAUAGAAAUUGUAGUUUACAAUUAUGCAACUCUUUAUGUGCAAUGUAAAAAAAUAAUGAUGCCUAUACUCAUCACAUAUAUCCUCAUUAACUCUCUUAAUAGCUGCAUCUGUAGCCUCUUCUUGACUCUGGCUUCCACAAAAGAUUGUACCUGUUACAUAGGAAGGUCUUUAUCUGGACCAUGCAUGAAGUGUCAUGGAGUUAGCCUGGUCCAUGUCCUUAUCUUUGUUUCUUUUUUUCUUUCAUACUUUAUGGUUUGGUUUGCGCAAAAAUGAAUACUUGCCAAAGAUAGAGGUAACAUCCAAUAAAUCCAAGAACUUAAACCUCAACAGCGUAAUAGAGACAUACAUCAGAAAAGUUCAUUUGCAAAAACAAAAACAACUUUUAUUUUUAUUAAUUUCUCAUAAAUCAUAAUAAAUCAAAAUGUUUUAUUGCGUUUUCUCUCUGUUUUAUUUAUUUAUUUGUUUAUUAUUUAUUAAUUGAGUUAAUAUUACUUAAUCAAAACAACCCUACAGCAGUUUGAUUAAUAUUAAUUGGAUUGCACAAUAAAAAACUGUUUUUGCAAAGGAACUCUUCAUAUGUUCAGUGAGCCGAACUCAUGCAGCUGCUGGGAGAACUAGCCUGUAGCACUUUAGUACAGAACAUACAUGGAAAAACAGAUAAAUGGACAUAACAGCAUUCAUAUUUUCCCUAGUUUGUCUUUUUGACAUUGCUGUUUGUUUGUGCACAUCUACCACACCUUAAUUUUAGUUUUCCUAACUUAAAAAAAAAUGUUUCCAAUGCUUCCAAAUUUGCUGAUAUAUUAUCCUGAAUGUGCCUACUUAAAUAGUCCUGUACCAGUCUUACUUUGUAAUGGGAGAUGGAAAAAACUUUCUCAUAUCUCAUGUUACACAUACCGAAUAAAACUCUUGAUGGGAAUCAGCAUCUUAUUUUUGGAAAAAAAGAGAGAUUUCAUUUGUAUAUUAGCAAUGGUGCAAUAUUGCAAAUGCGUUUUGAAUGGGGAACAAUAAAGAAAAAAUGUCCAAUACUCAGUUUACGGGACCAUAGGAUAUUUUUUCUUUCCGCGUAGGGCACAAUCAUGAAGGUUUACUCGUCUUUGCCUCUAAUAUUUUUCUUGUUUACAAUUAGGCCACUCAGACAAUAUAAAACAUAUCAAAUUCCAUUCUGUCACAAACCUCAAGCACACAUCUGGUACCUUUAGUUUUAAUGGUGAUUACAUCAGUUAAGUUACAAAUAUAAGCUUUAUUUCUUUUAUCAAUUGUUAAUAAAAACAUUUCCAGAAACAUACCCAGUUACCACUUAUGAAUUAUGGUUUCAACAAUGCAUCUUAAUGACUGUUGGAAUGUGAACAUAAUGUCUUGCAUGCCUAGCACAUGGUCAUUUGUAAUGAUGUCAAGGUAACAAUGGUGUCAACACAUGAGCGGGACCACACAGAAUCUGCAGAUUUUUUGCCUUUCGUGGGCAAAAUUUUGGAAAGGGGACAGUUUGUGGAUUUAUAUUGAAUGGAUUAAAAGUAUAAAUAUCUAAUGGAGCUUAUUGGUGGCAUCACUCGUAAUAAAAUUAUCUAAAAUAUAUGUUUGUAUAAACAUACCAUUUAUAUGUAAGAUAUAUGUAUGUAUAGAUGAGUACAACUUUUUAAAGGAUAAUGGAGUUCUGUGGGAAUCUGUGGAGAUUCCAUGUGGGCCUGCACAUGAGGCAUAAACAAUAGGACGCCUAGUACUGCUUACAUGUGAAAUGUCCGUAUAAAUGUUGCUUUCACAUAUCGUGAUUAUGAACCUUAUCCUGAAGACCCAGUCCUGCAGUAACUAAAUGUCAUGACAGAUAUUAUUGUUCUGUAACACAAUGUGCACACUAUGAAUAAGCAAGAAUACAGAGGAAGCGUUCAACCAUGUAUAUGUGUUAUUUGUACCAAAGAGGUUAAAAAUGUACCUAUAAAGUAUCAUUUUUUACAUUCUGUGAAAGAAUCCAAUGAUGUCAAACUUCUGUCUCUCCACAGUGGGGUAAAUCUACCAAUAAGUCACAAUUUAAAAUAAAUGUUAUAAAACUCUUCUGCACAUCCUAGUACUUAUGUUGGAGGGGUAAAAGGUGUUGAACAUUGCAACUUUUUCAAAACUUUUAAAAAUGUUGUAAUUUAUACUAUAUUUAUCCCACCAUACCCUUUCAGAAAUAUUCUUUAGUGAAAUUCAUUGAGGAUGAAAUAAGUUAUUUUGCUUUUUUUUACAAGUCUUAUUUUGUUAAUAUUUAUAAUGGAUUUAAUUUGGGUGAAAGGUUUUAGAGUGAGACCAACUCACUUGUACUACAAAAUGUCACAGAAUAUAUCAAAUCUGUAGCUAAUACUAAUUCUAAUGUUAAUUCUGUUCAUUCUCACUCACAGUGUCCUGGAAAAUGAAGGAAAUAGCUUUAUUAUAAAGAUGUUACAAAAGACUAACAGAAUGAAAACACACACUCAAAUCACAGUAGAAAUAUUUAUUAUACGUAUGCAUUCUUUUUUUUUAGAAUGGAGAAUUUCUGUUACUCUCAUCAUAUAAAUCUGUUUAAGGGCCGCUCACCGACCUAGUUCUGCUUUCCCUUAACCGUGUAUUCAUCCGAUACUCUAAUGAGAACAAAACCUUUUCCAGAGUCUGUUAUUAUUGUAUGCUUAUAUGGAUGUAAAAUUGACCAACUUUGUUAUUUAGAGAAUGUUUCUGGGAAUGGUUGUUGUAUCAUAGUGCAUCCCACUAGUUUACAAGUUUUAUCCAUCUGCAACUACUCAGUUGAUCUCUAUUAGUAUGAUAUACACCUAACCCGUGACUUGUUAAUGUUGAUGGUAAUCUUUCAUUGUCUUAGUGCAAUAUUUAGUUCAGUUUUAGAGUUUACUGAAGUGUUUUUUUUUUUUCAUUUUAGUUUAGCUCGUUUAUACUUGGGCUUGUCCCAUCACUGUUACGUGUCAGGGGCAUUCCUACUACUUAAAGCGGUAUUGUCUUAGCUCUUACUCUCGUUGCUUCUGCAUGAAAAUGAGAAAUUAGUAAGACUGAUGUAUCACUGCCCUUGAUAGAACUUUUAAAAAUAAUCUUUGAUCUUUAUUGGACUGUUACGAGUUGUAUAGUGAGUGAAACUGUACCCUACCCACUGUAUUAUGUGCUUGUUAUAUUAAAUGCUCUAUGACAAGCUUAUAGCAUACACAUAUGGAGAUAUUUGGUAGAUUUAUAUUGUGUAACAUUGUGAUAGCAUGUACAGAAAAAAUACCUCCUCUGCAAUAAAUAUUUCUAUAA